ACUCCUCAUUCAUACAGCCAUAUUUAGGGAGGCUCUAGGGAGAAAAGCACAGCUUGACAUCAGUUCAUGAAGAGCCUCUCCAUGGCUCCUGCAUCUGAGACAGCUGGCCUGACCUCCAAAUCAUCCGUCCACCCCUGCUGUCAUCUGUUUUCACGGUGUGAGAUCAACCCACAGGAAUAUCCAUGGCUUUCGUGCUCAUUUUGGUUCUCAGUUUCUACAAGCUAGUGUCAGGACAGUGGCAAGUGACUGGACCGGGCAAGUUUGUCCAGGCCUCGGUGGGGGAGGACGCAGUGUUCUCCUGCUCCCUCUUUCCUGAGACCAGUGCAGAGGCCAUGGAAGUGCGGUUCUUCAGGAAUCAGUUCCAUGCUGUGGUCCACCUCUACAGAGAUGGGGAAGACUGGGAAUCUAUGCAGAUGCCACAGUAUCGAGGGAGAACUGAGCUUGUGAAGGACUCCAUUGCAAGGGGGCAUGUCUCUCUAAGACUAAAAAACAUCUCUCCCUUGGACAUGGGCCUGUAUGGGUGCUGGUUCAGUUCCCAGAUGUACGAUGAGGAGGCCACCUGGGAGCUGCAGGUGUCAGCACUGGGCUCACUUCCUCUUAUUUCCAUCGUGGGAUAUGUUGACGGAGGUAUCCAGUUACUCUGCCUGUCCUCAGGCUGGUUCCCACAGCCCACAGUCAAGUGGAAAGGUCCACAAGGACAGGAUUUAUCUUCAGACUCCAGAGCAAAUGCAGACGGGCACAGCCUGUAUGAUGUGGAGACCUCCAUUAUAGUCCAGGAAAAUGCUGGGAGCAUAUUGUGUUCCAUCCACCUUGCUGAGCAGAACCACGAGGUGGAAUCCAAGGUAUUGAUAGGAGAGAGGUUUUUCCAGCCCCCACCUUGGCGCCUGGUCUCUGUGUUACUCGGAUUACUCUGUGGUGGCCUGUGUGUUGUUGUAAUGGGGAUGACAAUUGUUUUCUUCAAAUCCAAAGGGAAAAUCCAGGCAGAAUUGGACUUGGGGAAGAUAUACAAACAGGCAGAAUUGAGAGAUGCCCGGAAACACGCAGUGGAGGUGACUCUGGACCCAGAGACGGCUCACCCACAGCUCUGCGUUUCUGAUCUGAAAACUGUAACCCAUAGAAAAGCUCCCCAGAACGUGCCUUACUCUACGAAGAGAUUCACAAGGAAGAGUGUGGUGGCUUCUCAGGGUUUCCAGGCAGGGAAACAUUACUGGGAGGUGGAUGUGGGACACAAUGUAGGGUGGUAUGUGGGAGUGUGCCGGGACGACGCAGACAGGAGGAAGGACUCUGUGAUUUUGUCUCCCAAUCAUGGGUACUGGGUCUUCGGACGGAUGACAGACUAUUUGUAUUUCACAUUCAAUCCCUAUUUUAUCAACCUCUCCCCCAGCACCCCGCCUACACGAGUAGGGGUCUUACUGGACUAUGAGGGUGGGAAAAUCUCCUUUUUCAAUAUAAAUGACCAGUCCUGCAUUUGUACCCUGACAUGUCAGUUUGAAGGCUUCUUGAGACCCUAUAUCCAGCAUGUGAUCUAUGAAGAGAAAAUGGGCACUCCCAUAUUCCUAUGUCCAGUGUCCUGGGAUCAGAGAGAGAAGACCCUGCUUAAAGGGCCCGACACCGCAGACCCAGACACAGCCAAGGGAGAGUGCUCCCCACAGGCGACCCCAGCUUCCUCUCCGAAGCCUGCGCACAGGAAGUCAUACCUCCCAUUCUUCAGGGUGCUGAGGUUCUUCUCUCCUAAGCCCGGCAGCGGCAGCAGCUUCCAGAUGAGGGAGGAUUGGCCUGUCCCUGUGGGAGUCAGAAGCCAUGGCUGCCCUGAAGUGGGGAUGGAAUAGACUCACGUAAGAUUUACUUUGUGAAAACUCCAUCCAGCUAAGUGAUCUUGAACAAGUCACAACCUCCCAGGCUCCUCACUUGUUAGUCAGGAAUAGUGAUUCCCACCUCACAGGUCCUCACAGGUAAAGAUUAAAGAGACGAUGAAUGUGAAUCCUGCUUGCAGGUUUGAUGGCACAGUGUUUGCUAAUGAUGUGUUUUUACAUUAUACAUUUUCCCACCAUAAACUCUGUUUGCUUAUUCCACAUUAAUUUACUUUUCUUUAUACCAAAUCGCCCAUGGAAUAGUUACUGAACACCUGCUAUGUGAGGCUCAAAGAAUAAUGAGGAGGGAGGAUUUUUCACUGAUUCUAUAAGCCCAGCAUUACCUGAUACCAAAACCAGGCAAAGAAAACAGAAGAAGAGGAAGGAAAACUACAGGUCCAUAUCCCUCAUUAACAGAGACACAAAAAUUCUAAAUAAAAUUUUAGCAAAUUAAACUAAACAAUUUAGUUAAAGAUGACAUAUAACUACUCAGCGUGGUUUGUCCCACAAAUGCAGGGUUGGUUUAAUAUUUAAAUAUCAACCCUGCAUGAAACCCUGUAAUUCAGCACAUUAAUAAAGUAAAAAAGAAAACCAUA